AUGACAGGAAGAACAGAGCAUCAACCCUUUAUAACUCCGGGCCCUGGACAUUACGAACACGAAACGAAGAAGACAGCGAAUCAAAUACACGACGAGAAGAUAAGAGAAAUAAAAAGAAUGACUUCCUGGCAGCCACGUAGCCUCGAUAUAUUGUAUAGAGUAAAAAUGCGCGAGAAUUUGCCAGCACCAAAUGCUUACAAGAUAAAGAGUGUUUUUGACAAAUAUUCUAAGAGCAGAUGCAAAUGCGAUACUUAUGUCGUUGAACCACCUCCUUUCGGUCAAACUGCCAAGAGAUUCGUUGAUGCAGAUUCUGAUAUACCUGGUCCAGGUACAUACAAUCCCAUUAUUCCUAUAAAAUGUACAUCUUCCAUUUUUCCUGCGCCAUUCGGUUCUUAUGCUACUCGUUUUAAAAAAGAUCCUACGCACUUUGGACCAGGACCUAGUGAUUACGAUUUGAAUGCCGGUAAUUUAGCUUUUGAGUCGGAGAGGCGUUACAAAUAUACCUACGCGAAAAAAAUGAAACCACAGGUAUACUUGGAUGCAAUUUCUUAUUGCGAAGAAGAAGAAGAGUAUUAUACUCCGUGUUCCCCAAAAAGAAUAGAAGAAACGAAGACUCUCGUGCAUCACGUUGCUUUUAAAUCUAAAGUAGAAAGGUUUCCCGAAGUUCAAAAGAAAUCGAAUUUACCAGAUCCAACCUCCUACCAUCUGUCCAAGGAUAUACUGAAGAACGCGAAGGGCGGUGUGAUCGACAGAUCGACGAAGAUCGAAAAGUAUACGCCUCUACUGGGGCCUGCUUACUACACCAGGCAUCCGGACACGCCACUCCCAUACUGCGUAUUAACUGAAGAGCCGGGCAUAGUCGCAUUUCGCAAGGAGGCAUUCAGCCCGAUUGCUACCGAUAAACAAGCGUAA